AUGAUUCACCAAAAAGAGCCACUAACGACGGAAAGAAUCACAGGACUAAUCAACAAGAAAUGGAAAAUGCUCUUCUACCAUGUGAGUGCCCUUCGAAAAGUCGAUAAUUUGCACCUUUUUCGAGAUUUCUGCGAUUCGUCUAGCAUUUUUGACUUGAAAACAGGGCUGGACAAUUGGCCGGCCCCUGGUUCUGGACUUUUGACCCGCUUGCAGGGAUCCGAUCGGACCCAAAGUGUGCAGGCUUCUUGGAUCUGGAUUGGAGUUUACUGGGAUUAAGUUUUAGCGUAAUUGGAUCAUUUACUGUCGAGAUAUUGUGGUUGAGGGCCGCAAAGCCCUGGCUCUCGGCCAAUGAUCCACAUAUCUUCGGACCAGAUGAUCCGAUCGCUCUGAAACUUGGUCCCAGUAUGCUCCAAUCCAAGCCCAUGAACUCUGCAAAGUAUGGGUCCGAUCGGAUAAUUGCAAGUGAAGCAAAAGUCGAGAACAAGGACCGGCCAAUUGCCCAGCCCUGUUUGAAAAUGUUCGGAGAAACUAGAACGCCCGAUUUUUGUCUAAUUUCUACAAUUUUCAGGGCGGUCCGCGCUCGAAGAAGACGUCGAGUCUCUGCAGAACCCUCCACGUGGCACUCGACAGAAACGAGACGGUCGUGUGUCUUUUUCCCAAAGAAACCGUUUACGACGCGUUCGUGCGCGAAUUCAAGCAGACUGUUCAGCGCGCGCAAUGGAAUGAAAAGUACUUCGCCGACCAGAAAUCGAUAGUUUAUCAGGAGGAAUAUUUGAAAAAAAUUCGCGAAAUAACGGACGUGGAGACCGGAUUCAGGGACUACUCGAGACUGAAAUUUCCGGGCGUUCGGAUACUCAUCCUAUAUAAGCCCGAGAGGAGAGGGGAUUUGGACGAUUUCGACACGGAUUUAAGAAAUAUCAAAGUGCCGUACCAGAUACUUCUUACAGGUUUGAAGAUAAUUUUCUAGAGAAAAAAUCUCCAUAAAAUCGAUAAUUUGCAGAAGAUUUGACAAACUGGGAGCCGGAGGAGCUGCUGGAGCUGCUGGAGGCGAGCAAGAAGGGCCGUUUCCGUCUGCUCGCCUCGUACGACGUUUCGGCGGCGCGCGAAGAGUCGCUCCGCGUGCUCGGCAACUAUUUGAACGGUUCCGACACUGUAAUGAUCGAAUUGUGCAGAACGGACCUCGCGUUCCCGUUCUGGAAGUGGUCCGAACAGUACAUCUACAAAUUGUGCAUGGAGGGACACCAUUUCACGAGCACAAUUUGCGAUUAUCAUCCGUUCGAGAUAGUGGACUCGGGCACCAUUUUGCAGAGGACCCACUGGGACGAGUUUAAGACCGCCGAGGCAAAAAUGGCCGUUCAGGAGGCGAAUCGGAUCAUUCUGGACGGCUACGUCGAGCCGCGACACAUUGUGAUCAUGGCAAAGUGCCCGCAACAGGUUCGGUGUUGAACAUUUUUUGAAACUCGUACCAACUCUCAGAAAUGCAGAGUGGCCACGGGCCGGGCCUAAAUUUUCAAAACUCCGGCCCGGCCCGGCCGGCCCGGUUCAAAAAGCGGGAAUCCAAAUAUUGAACUAUUGAUUAAAUAAAAUGUUUGUUUUUCGUAGAACUAACGAAUUUUGCAAGUAUCGAGCAUAAAAAAUAAAUGUAGUUCUCAAAAAUAGUUUUUAUUGGCAUCAAAGCAAAAGUUUUAAUUUUGAUCCCCGCAAAAAAAACGAAAAAAUAGAUUUCCCCCAAAAAUUUGAAUUCGCGCCUUUUGAGCCGGGCCGGCACUUCUCCGGCCCGGCCCGUAAUUUGGCAAGUCUGCAGAAAUGCAUGUAACAGCGCGCAGCUAAAGUUGCAGCCAUGGCCCAGAAAACUCUGGUGUGAAAACUCUUCCCUGCGGAUUGCAUGACACCCUUACACUUUGACAAUCUGUUUAUUUGUGUGAAUGCUUGGCAAUUUAUGAAGAUUGUGCCGAAUGCAAAAAAGAUCCCAUGGCCUAGGAGUUUUCUCGGCCACGGCCACAAGAGACAAUUCAGACGGAAACAUCAACUCGCAGUGUUCCCUGAUCCUUCAAGCAAUUUUUUUGUUUCCAGGUCGAAGAGAUUCGCUACUUUGUGGACAUUCACGGUUGUUCGCCGCUCAUUCGCGUUGACACUCCCGAAUACUUUCGCUAUCAACCACUGUCCGAUUUUGUGCUAUUUGUGAUGGGCGUACCCGAUGUCUCGCCUCGUAAACUCCCAAAAUUUUGUCAUUUCCCCCAAUUUUUCUUGUAGAAAUGCUGCCGCUUCUGCUCGACGAUCUGACGAUCCACGUGGCGCUGACGAGAGCGCGCCAAAAUGUGAUUUUUUUGGGAAACAUGGCAAUGUUGCGGCGGUCGAUCUACCGCAAAUAUCAGGAUUUGGCCAUCCACUUGGAGGGCGGCGAUUUCCAGAAGCUCCGCCCACUCGCGAGGAGCAUUCCGACGCUGCAUCCGAGCCUGCGCAAUCCCUCCUAUCGACGGCUCGACAACGGACAGCAGUUUGAAUUUUUCCAGGUCUCAUUUCGAGAGAAUGCAAGAAAACGACAUUUUUUGUGAAUUUUGCCCAAGUUUUUUCAAGGCUUUUGACCUACUUGCAAUGAUCCGAUCGGACUCCAACUUUCUAUCCAAGUCCAAAAAGUAUGCAAAGUUUUGAACCGAUCGGAUCCUUGCAAGUGAGCCAAAAGUCGCUUCAAAAAGUCGGACCGAAAUUUGCCCAGCCCAGUUAUUUUGCUGACUCUAUUGAAAAAAACGCGACAUUUUCCGAGAUUUUCAUUUUAUUUAAUUUUUCAGGGCGGACCAGGCACUCGAAAGACCACAUUCUUGCUGGACGCGCUCAAAGCGUACACGUACGAACAGCGUCGCGUCGUCGCGAUUUUCCAUCGCGAGCAGCUCUGCGAGGCGUUCUGCGAUCACAUAGAGGACCGGCUCGACGAGGUUCCGUGGCUCACGGACCGAAUCGCACAUCACGGAGAGGUGGGACGGAUGAUACGCGCGAAAAACAAAAACGGAGAGUUCGGCAACGAGCCGCUGUUCGCGGAGAAGCUCGUGAUCGUGAUGCACCUGGAGAACGAUCCCGAAGUGUUCUUCAAGUACCUCAACUCGGGCAACUUUGGCUUUUCGCUCAUUGUCGCAGGUUUAGUCGCUUCUCAUCCGAAUCGUGAAAAGAAAAGGCGCAAUAUUCGAAACGUUUUCCGGUCAAAAUCAGUGUCGGAAAUGAAAAGUAAACGUGAAGAAUCCGAGCAUUUUGAGCGUUCGAACAGCGAGAAUAAUCGAAAAAUGACUGGAUUUCGAGCAGUUUCAGCACAAAACUAGAAAAUCGAUAAAACGUUUGCAGAAGAUCUGAGCGGCUGGCGGCAGUGUCUGUUCGAUGAGUUGUGCCGACUGAAGGCGGAAGUGAAGAUUGUGGGCUCGCUGGACACUUGCGAGUACAACCGGUACGUACUGGAGCGCAUCGUCCAGUUGCGGGCGGAUAAACGGGCGACGGUGCGGGUGGGCCUGCAGUCGGACCGGCCGGAUUCCCUGCUCGAGUGGUCCCGCCGCCAGUUCUACCGGAAACAUACGCGCAAGAUCAGGGGUUACGCGGUCGAGAAUGCGUUGGAAGUGCUCGACUCGUGGGGCUUCAACCACAAAGUCUCGCGUUUCGGCGAAUUUUACAAUGUCGGCGAGGCGCGGCUCGUCGUGUGGGCCGUCGAACAACUGGUGCAUCGGAGGGGCGUCGAGACGAAGGACAUUGUCGUGAUGGCGAAUUCCGAGAAACAGGUACCGCCCCUCUUGUUUUUUCCACAUUUUUAUUCAACAAAUUGUUUCAGUUGGUGACAAUCGAGGGCUUCCUGCAAGAGCGCGACCUGGUCAUCGCGACGAACGCGCCGGAGACGUUCCGAUGGUCGUUGCCGGCGCCGUACGUGAUCUACUCGAUGACGUGCACGGAGACGGCCGAGAUGGAGGCCUUUUUAGACCUGAACACCAUCCACGUGUCACUCACGCGCGCCACCAAAAAAGUGAUUUUUGUGGGCAGAAUUGCGAAAUUGUCGAGAAAUCUCAACGAACCGUGGACACGCCUUUACGAGUGAGCAUCUUGAAAGUUUCAGAAAAUGACAUUUCAAUUCAGAAUCCUCUCGAAUCACCCGCAAAUGGAGGACGACGCCGACGGAUCGCUGGCGAAAUUGCGAAAAGAACUUUUAAAAUGUUGA